GUCAGGCUAUUUAUUGCUAAGGUCGGUCCUUUCAAUUCCUUUUAGGAAGAGAGGCGUACUGCUACUGUACAACGUUUGGUUUACAGGCUGUAGCUAACAUUAGUAACGUUAUUCUUCAAUGGAGAAAUAUCGAUAGCCGUUGAGAUCACAAGGGGUUUAUCUGAACGGCAAUGUCUCGGGUCACAUGUCACCCCUACAUUAUCGCCAAAGAAGACGGAAGAAUAUCCCCUGUAAGAAAAUUCAAAAGCGGCGUAUCAUUAAGUAAGCUAACCAACUGGCUAGUUGUAGGCAGCAGCUAACAUUAGCUAGCUAGUUGAGUUAGCCAUUCUCGGACCUUCCUUCACGGUUUUAAACGGCCUGACCAAUGGACAGAGUUUGCCGGGGGGCUACCGCCCCUUCUGGCACAGCGAUACAAGUAUGCUUUCCCGAUGUGCAAGGAACGCUCUUGGAGAAGCUGAACCAGCAACGCGAAGAUGGAAUGCUUUGCGACCUUUCCAUCCAUGUGCAAGGACAGGUGUUCAAGGCACAUCGCUGCGUUCUUGCAGCGUCCUCGCCAUACUUUCAUGACCAGGUUCUCUUGAAGAAUGUUACUACUGUGUCUCUUCCAUCAGUCAUGGACCCUCUUGCUUUCCAAAGCGUCCUGAGCUCCGCCUACACUGGACAGCUUAGCAUAGUCCGCGAGGACAUAGUCAACUACGUAACUGUGGCAAGCUUCCUGCAGAUGUGGCACAUCGUGGACAAGUGCACAGAGGUAUUAAAGCAAGUACGACCCCCAAUGGAACCAAGUCCAGUGGAAAUCACACCACCACAUGGGGGCUCGUCCAGGCACCAGUCCCCGAGUAGCUCAGACUGCUACUAUGUGGACCCAGACGACAAGGGUCGGGAGAAAGGCCGGGACUGCAUAUCGUCCCUGGAGAAAGGGUCAAGGGGCAUGGAGCAAAAGGGGCCGCUACCUCCCCUGGCUACCUGGAGGAGGCCACAUCUGACCUCGAGGUGGCGAGCUCGGGCAUCGCCGCAGCCACCCGAGUCCUUCAGCCAGCCCCCGCCACUGGCCUCCGGGUCUGUCUUUAGCCCCGAACACAGCGAGGAUCUCUCAGCCAGCGAGGGAGUGUCCAUCCCUGGUGGCAGUGGCCAUCAUAACCAUCACACUGGCCCCUAUGGACAGCACAUGGGACGAGGAUUAGAGACUGUUCCCACGCGACUGGAAGGGCUCGCCGAUCCUUCCCACCUAAGAGAGAGGGCGCGGUCAAAGGGAGCAGCCACGAGCCGCAGGAGACACCCAAGCUGGGACCGAGAGGGAAGGGAGGAUGGAGGCCUCCAGGAGAGCCAGAGUGGUGGUGAGAGGGGGAUCGAGGCAGAUGAAGGUGUCGGUGAAGGUUUGGUAGAGGAAGCCACGACGAAAACCCAAAGGACACAGCGCUCUGGAGACUACAUACCAAGCACGGCACUACUGGAAGCACGGCCAGAGGCCCCUGAGAAGGACGAGGGAGAGUCUCGGUCUCACAUUGGCCUGCCAAACACUGCAGAAGACUGUCCGCCACUACCCUGCGGCUCUGGGCUGUGUCCAGCUCCCCCCGCCCAGGAGCAGUGGCAGGCGAGUCCAUGGCUGCAGCAGAGAGACUACAGAAGAGAGGAGGACGAUGAGGUGGACGAGGACAUGGACUUUGAGCAGCUGGGAGAGGGUGUAUUCGGCGGAGAAACAUACGAUGAAAUCGAGGACGGGACCGGGCAGGUUUCCCAGAGGCCUCUACUGCCGUCACCAGAUGACGGGCAGUUCAUCUCUGGCCAGUCGGAUCACAGCUGGGUUGGCGGCGGUGGGGGUGGCGGCGGCUCCCCGUCGUCCACCCCCUUCCACCCGUCGGCCUCGCCCCCGAUCCCUUCGUCCUCCUCUCCGCAGCCCAACGCUGCAGGCCCGUACACGGGCCGGCUCCACUUCUGCCACUGUGGCAAGGCCUACACACUGAAGAGCAUGCGCGACCGCCACGUGAAGAUGCAGCACCUUAACCUCAGGCCUUUCUCUUGCCCUGUGUGCUCCAAGUCCUUCAAGAUGAAGCACCACCUCACCAAGCACCUCAAGACCCAUGGCAGCGUCAGGCCCUAUGAGUGCAGCCUGUGUGGGAAGAAGGUAGUCUGGAGGGACAGUUUCCUGAGACACCAGGCCCGCUGUGAGCGACUGGCUCGAGCCGGAAUGGCAGCCACUGGUGACGAUGGAGCCGACGUCGGGGAUGACGGGUACGUUCCACAGGAUGGUGACGGCUUCCUGUCGGACAGCAGUCACGUGAAAGUGGAAAAGAUGGAUUUUAAUGGAGACGAGGUGCCUUGUAUGGAUGGACUAGACAAUAUGGCAUUUCUGUCUGGUGGGGACAGUGUCUUGGCAACCCCAGGAAAGACACUGGAUGGACAUGUUUUAAAACAAGAAGAAGGAGAGAGGUUUAGCUGACUUUAGAACAGAUCUAUGUUAACAAUAAGCACAAGCAUAAUAGCAGAUUUUACGAAAUCUUUGCUACCAAAGUGAAAGACUAUCAUGUGAGUUUAUUCAGGAAGGUAGGGCCAAGGACUAACAACAAGGUCCAAGGACUUUUGACAAAUUGGAGAUAUGACAAAAUAUCUGGCAAUAUGUGCAGAAGUUCCUAUUUGUAAAAAGAAAUGUGAAUAAGGUUUUGUUUGAAGAUGCUCACUUUAUGAAUUCAGUACAAUCAUACAUGUUCAAAUUAUGUUUUAACCACAUAAUUUAUUCUAUUUCCAUUUCACACAGUAUGUAAUUUUUGCAGCUUUUUUUGUAAAUAAAGGCUUGUAUGCCUUUAAUCUGACAGGAUAGUGGAGAGAGUAACAGGAAGUGAGUGGGAGGGAGAAAUGG